GCGAUUUGGCCCCUUUUACCCAAAUAUCACAUCUUAAAUCCCAUGGAUUGUCAAGCAUUGCAGCAAAAUAUCAGGGAGAGCGGAUUUUGACAUUUUGGUGUAGGAUUAGGCUGGAUGUGAAGUCUAUGGAGGUUGGCGCUCCAUGGUCCAUGGGUGUGUGUGAGUGCGCUGGUGCCCGGGCUUGGUUGCUGGUAGCAGGGGUGGGUGCAGGGUCUGAUGUGGAGACUCAGUGUUUCCCCUGGUUCUCAGGAGGCUUUACUUGGUACACCUGCAGCCACUUGCUGCACUCUUGAUUGCAUGAGCAGAAGGCAGCUGUGGGUACCUAACAUGCCAAUCAACGAAUGACUGAGGAGCAGUACUUAACAGCCCAGGACCGGAGCGGACUUCUUUCCCCUCCACUGUUCACACGGUAAGUUGUGAAGCUCUUAUGCAUCACGCUGGGAAAUGGGGCUCUGUUCCUGGCUUUGAGAUAUUAACACAGCUCGUGUUAUCUUAUCUUAUUUUUCAGAUUCUCAUAUCAACAUGGCGCCCCCAAAGCAUAGUGUUUGUUGCCCACUCUGCCGUUCUGAAUUUACCUAUAUAGGCAGGCACCUAAGAAAUAGUCAUGGCAUUAAAAAUUCAAAAGAGCGAGAAAUAUUGAUCAAGUACAGUAGUGGGAGGGUCAAUAUUAGAAAAAUGCCCUGUCCAGUGGAGGGCUGCAGUUAUGCUAGCACAAGGCUGGACAGGCAUAUUGCUCAAGCUCACCCGGAGAUGGAGGGGGAGAGGAAAGCCCAGGUGAUAACCGAUUUGAAGUACCAGGUAACGGUGCACAUGCUGCGAGCGUUGAGCGCCACAAACCCGAGCCCUCCGAUGGUCUCACGCUUACACAUGGACCCAAUAGCAAGAGAGGAAGCAAAUCGGUAUCAUCCAACAUCAGAACCCCUUGAUGACGAACCAUCGCCUUCAUCCUGCAACUCGUGCAAACAGCUUGAGGCAAAGAACCUGCAGCUUAUAUCCGACUUGGGGCAACUAAGAAAGAAAUUGCUGUACCAGCACAGAUGGGCUGAAAGGGCAAAAAAAACAAUCAAACGACUGGAAGAGGACCGCCAAAAGGCAUCCACAGCCCCGGUUCCAAGUGUGGACGUUGAUGCUCUGGUGAGGAGUGAAUCUUUCUCUCCUGAUGAAGAACAGCAGCACAUCAACAGACCUAAGUCAAAGGGGGAAAGCCGGAGCACCCUCUGUUUGGCGAAAGCGUACCCCAAAUUCCCACCAAGCAUCUUGGAAUACAUCGCGGAAUAUUGGCAGCAUCUUAAAGGCUCCCGUGGUCUGAGGAAAAGGAUCGAAAAUCAAAGAUCCAAAGUGGGUAGAAUCAUGGCUUUCCUUUCGUUUAUAACCAAGGGACAGCCAAUCCUCCAGAAUUGGACUUUCCUUCACAAUAUGUCCAGGAUAUACCAGUGGCCAGAGCAUCUGCAGAAUGGUGGAAAAGCGGAGAACACAGUGAAGACCUACCUGGUGAAUUUGUCCCAGUUCCUGGGCUACUUCAGGGACACCCCUCCCUCCUCAUCCAGGGUUCCAAAAAGAGAAGUGUUUGCCGUGAUUCGUGCUAUCUCAGAGUGUAUUGCAAGCCUGGGUCCACGUGUUGUCAUGCGUCAGAUACGUGUAAAGAAAAAUAAGUUGAGCAGAACCAUCUCCAAGGACCAACUUCGCCUCUGCAAAGUCCUGGCCAGGAGACGCAUCCCUGAACUUCUUGAUGAACUGUCUGAGGACCCCAACCCGGAGGCGCGAAGGAGAUAUUUUGGGUACCUCAGUGUUUACCUAGCAAGCCUAUAUGGACACCGCACCGGUGUUCUAAAGAAUAUGACGGUCUCCGAGGUUGAUGAAGCCCAGAAGGAAGCCACAGUCGGGCAAGCGGGCUUCGUGAUCAAUGUGAAGGAACACAAAACCAACCGUGCGUUUGGCCCCGCACAGCUCUACUUAACUGUAGAGGAAUUCUCAUGGGUGGAGCAGUGGAUGAUCAUCAGACAGAAACUAAACCCACCCACAGACCUUCUUCUCUUCACCGAAAACUUCACAAAAAUCGAGAAACUCAUCGUGCCGAUGCAAGCCGCCUGGCGUGACAUGGGUUUUCCUGGGCGUCCCACAUUCACAGACUUCCGAACAUCAAUAGCCACAUACGCAAGGAAUACUUUGUCACCAAGUGACCGGAUCAACAUUUCAAAGACCAUGUGUCAUGACACGCGGACAGCAGACAAAUUCUACGCGCUCCACCGCACCGCGUCAGAGGCUGGCUCGGAUCCGUCAGAAUUUCGAGGCAGCCGUCAAGCCACCACGUACGACGGUAAGGAUGUUGAGGAGGAAGCGGACUGCGCGCCUCCCACCCCGCCUGCCGGUCCUUCGCCCGGUGCUGUGCCGUCCUCACCAACAUCCAGUCAGGCCACUGGAUCAACAAGCCCUGAUCACGCUUCUGAGAGCGACGUUGACUACACUGUUGACAGCGAGUCUGACCAAACCUCCGAGAGCGAGUCUGACCAAACCUCCGAGAGCGAGUCUGACCAAACCUCCGAGAGCGAGUCUGACCAAACCUCCGAGAGCGAGUCUGACCAAACCUCCGAGAGCGAGUCUGACCAAACUUCUGAAUACACUUCGGAGAGCGACCCUUCAUAUGAACCAC